UCUUCUGCGUUAUCCAACUUUAACUAACUGCAGCCAUCAUCCGUCCAUCAAAAUCCGUCAAAAUUUAGAUUCUCCAUAAUUCGAGCUCUCUUCGAGUGUGUGUGCAAUCAUUUUGUGCAAUUUUGGAAAGAAGAAGGAAAUAGUGAGAAGCGAAAAUGUCUGGCUGUCUCCAACAACGCUGGGUGACCUACGCGGGGAACGAUGAGGAAGCAUGGAAAUGUUUCUUACUCGCGCGCUCGCUUAAGCGGUCCCUCACGACGCGACCACUCUGCGUCAUCAUCAGCGACAAGGUGUCGCUCGCCUUGGGGCGCAAGUUGCAGGACGAGGUCCUCCAAUGCUACUGGGUCGACCCGGACGACCACCCCGGCCUCCAAUUCCGAUCCGUCGCCAAACUUCGCGCCGAAAAAAUGAAGGAGCUCCACAAAUCGGUUUUCCUCGAUGUCAACUGUCUCGCCCUGAAGAACUGUGACGAGCUGUUUCUCAAGAAUGGGACGCAAUGGGUGGGGCGAGAUGAGAAUAUUAAGGGGUCAUCGCCCCACGCCGCUAUUGUGGUCAAGUCGAGAUCCUUUGGCCAAACGGAGAAGCAACUGGUCACCGAGUUGGUGGUGCAAGGGGAAAAUCCUGGAAAAUUUUCCAUCAAAAAUCCCAACCAUGUGGAAGUUAAGGAACUAGAUUUCUGCUUGGAGGUCAAUGUCAAGGCCAAAACUCCAACUCCUUUGGGUGGAUGGGAUUUGAAAAUGGUGUGCUUUACCAACGGCCACCCCCACGAGGACAUCGCCACUCUGGAGAAACGUGGCCCCCUCGAGGCUGAAAUUGCCCGUGUGGUCCGAGGCCUCUGUCCCGAACUUCACUCUGGGAACAUGAAGGUCAACAACCAAAGCCUGACCAUCCCGUCAUCCUGGGAGCUCAACAACUCGAUCGCCAUUGUCGGCAUGGCAUGUCGAUACCCGUGCGCCAACACCAUCGCGGAAUUUUGGAACCUUCUCGAACAAGGCUUGGAAGGGAUCCGCAAAGUCCCGGAAGGGCGUUGGACCAAGGACAAAGCUUUCAUUCGAAUGGACAACAUGAAAAACACGGAAGCCGGCUUCCUCUCCUGUCCGAUCGACACCUUCGACGCCAAGUUCUUCAACACCAACGCGGCGGACAUGCAUUACCUCGACCCCCAGCAACGCCUCUCCCUUCGCGUCGUGUGGGAAGCCCUGGAGAAUUCGGGCAUUGAUCCCAACACGCUUAGGAACACGAUGACCGGCGUGUUUGGCGGUUGGUGGCGUAACGAUUACAAAGAAAUGUUACAAAUGCUCGGCAUCGCGGACACCGACUUUCUCCGAGGCUACCUCGGCAACGCUCUGGGUCCUCUGACUGCCCGAAUCUCCCACUUCUUCGAACUCAUCGGACCCUGUUUCUCCACCGAGUCGGGCUGCUCCACCUCCGUCGUGGGAGUCGACAUGGCGUGCGACGCGCUCCGCAGCGACGCUUGCAACUUGGCCAUCGCCAUCGGCGCAAAUUUACUGCUCCACCCCUUUUCUCCCAGCGUGAUGGAGGGCGUCCUCGCGCCUGACGGCCGAUGCAAGACCUUCGAUGCCUCUGCCGACGGCUUCGGACGUGCCGAGGGAAUCGGUGUCCUCGUUCUGAAGCGAUACGGCGACGCCGUAGCGCAUGGCGACCGCAUCUGGGGUCUGAUCCGUGGCUGCGCUGUCGUGCAAGAAGGCACCUCAAAAAGUAUCGGGACCCCGACCGUUGACGUCGAAGCGCGCGCCAUGGAGCUCGCCCUCGAACGAAGUGGCGUCGACCCGAAUGACAUCGAAUUCGUGGAGACGCACGGCACCGGGACCCCGGUGGGCGAUCCGAUUGAAGUUGCCGCCGUCGCGAAGGCGUACCACCGCGAGCACGGGCGCGACAAACCCUUAACGAUCGGCUCCGUCAAGACAAAUAUCGGACACACCGAAUCGGUCUGCGGGAUCGCGGGGAUUCAAAAAUCCGUCCUCGCCAUGAAGAACGAGCUCAUCCCGAAACAUCUUCACUUAAACAAGCUCAACCCCGAAGUAAAUCUGGCCGCCAUUCCGGCCCAGAUCCCGAUCGAUGCGAUUCCCUGGAAGAGAAGGAAGGCAGGAAAACCAAGGAUUGCGGGGAUCAACUCGUUCGGCAUUACGGGCGCGCAGGCGCACGUGAUUGUGCAAGAGCCUCCAACUCCGGAUGAAGUUCCCGCGGCAAAACUACCCUUCCGCGAUACCCGGGGAACGCACUUACUCACCUUUUCGGCAAAAACGGAAGACGCUUUCCGCGUCCAAGUCGGCAAUUAUAUGAACCUUUUGAAGAACCCGGAGUUCCAUGGGGCGAACAGCAAGGCGUUGAAGGACGUCGAGUUCUCCAUGCACACUGGGCGCCCCCAUAUGAACUUGCGCGCCACCGUGGUCGCCUCCUCCGGCCCGCAGGUGAUGCCUUAUCUCGCCGAGCUUAAAGCCACUCCCGUUCCAAACACCCCGCCGCAAGUCUGCUUCCUCUUUACCGGGCAAGGCUCGCAAUACCCCGGCAUGGCAAAAUCCCUUUACGAAGAAAACAUCGUCUUCAAAACGAACUUCGACUGGUGCGACGCCAUCUUGAAAAACGAGCACGGUUUCUCCCUAAAAUCCGCUCUUUGGUCCGACCAACCCAACGACCAGUUAAAAUCCACCCUUUACUCGCAAACCUCCAUCUUCUGCGUCGAGCUAUGCCUCCUCCGACUCUGGCAGAGCUGGGGCGUCCACCCCGACGCCGUGGUGGGCCACUCCCUCGGAGAAUUCGCCGCCGCCGUGGCCGCCGGGAUGAUCUCCCCCACCGACGCGCUCACCCUGGUCGUCACCCGAUCCAAACUGAUUGACGCGCUCCCCCGCGCCGGCAUGCUCGUCGUGGGCGCCGAGCUCAACACCACGCUUGACGCGAUGGACAAGGCCUUCAAGAAUGAAAAGAAAUGGCUCGACAUUGCCGCCGUGAACUCCCCGACGCAAACCGUGCUCGCCGGACCGACCGAUAUCAUCGCAGAGUUUAAACUGUACUGCGACAAUAAUGAAAUCAGAACCCACGUGCUCGACGCGUCCCAUGCCUUCCACUCCCGCCUUAUGGACCCCAUGAUUGCCGCGUAUGAAAAAGUGGCGGCAACCCUGACCUAUCACGAGGUUAAGAAGGGAGCCCCCACCUACAUUUCGGGCGUGGAGGGUGGCGUGAUCACCAAAGUGGAUGCCGCCUACUGGGUGAAACAUACCAGGGAACGGGUUCGAUUCCUGGAAGCGUCGCAUACCGCGGUGAGGGAGAAUCAGUCCGUCUUUUUGGAGGUUGGGCCACAUCCCGUCUUAUCAACGUUGGUGAUCAACAAUGUCGACGAUAUUACCGAUGGGGUCGUAACGCUGGGGUCCUUGCGGCGCAAGGCGGAGGACUGGGAUACCAUGUUGGGUUCCUUGGGGAAACUGCAUGCGAUGGGGAGACCCAUAAAUUGGGAGAACUUUCACCGCUACUCGAGUGGCGAGUGGGCCGAGAACUUACCCGGGUAUCAUUUUGAGGAGACGCCGUACUGGAUGGGCAUCAAGGACGAGGGGUCCACCCCGUUCCACCCGUUGUUGGGGUCCUUCAUCCCGAACCCGUCGGAGUUGGCGAUCUUCAAGAGUACGGUGAAUGUGCAGAGGUUGCCCUUCUUGAAGGAUCAUAGUCUCGGGGAUAAGAUCAUUUUCCCCUGUGUGGGGUAUGUUGAUAUGUGCAUCACGGCCGGAUAUGCAGCCACGCAUUGUUCCGAGGGGAACUAUGUGAAGCCAACGAUGCCCAUGUGCGUCAGGAAUUUCAGCAUUGUGACGCCCGUCUGUUUGAGCGAGAUGGUCCCGACGGAAUUCCAGGUCAUCGUCUCCAAAACCCCCGAGGGCGAAACCCUCUCCACCAUCUACACCAAAGUCUUCCUCGACGACGGCACGUACAAAUGGAUCCGCAACGCGCACGCCACCUUCAACACGUCCCCUCCCCCACCCCCGCCCGCCGACCAGCUGGACCUCGAAGGCAUCAAGAAACGCUGCUACUUCCUCCACGAAUCCCGCAUCUUCAACUACAAAGAACUCGAAGACUUCGGCUUCAACUUUGGCCCAUCCUGCCGCACCGUGAACUCCGGCUACCGAAACCCCGACUGUGAAGGGGAGUGGAUUUUCCCCUUCAAAUCCCACGAAACCGAGGAGGACGCCGAACGGUUCCUGAUCCACCCGUGGUGCACGGACCCCAUGUUGCAAUCCCAAAUUAUCGCGCUUGGCCUCCUCAACGACGACCAAGUCCGAAAACGUCUCGUGGUUCCCGUCCAAAUCGACAAUUUCACCUGGUGGGGACACUCCGCCUUGACCGGGUACGUUUACCAGAAGAACACGGCGACCGGAAAUGCCGCCUACCUGCUAGAUUCCGAGGGAAAACUGAUGGUUUCCAUGGUCGGGACGGAAUUCAUGGAUACCACGUUGUCCAACAUUUUGUCGUUGAUUGACUCUCAAAAGAAUCCGUAUCCUUCCAUGGCUGAGACGAUUUGGAAGGAGAAACUAGGCGUGGAAGAGAGACGUAUCCCCGCCGGGGAGCUGGGAGAACUUAAGAUUGAUGAGAUUGUGAAGGAGGCAAAUUCAAAGGGGCAGGAAGACCAGGAGACAAACGAGUUCUUUAACGGGCUGAAUCAGCUGGUUGGGUUAUACUUGUUGAAGGGGAUGAAGGACCUCGGGCUGGAUAGAGAGAAGGAGUUUGCUUAUCCGGAAAUUGGAGAAAAAUUGGGCAUCGUUCCCGAACAGAUGAAGCUUUUCGAGCAGUUCUUACAAGAAAUGGUGGAAGAUGGCUGGCUCGGAGUGGGCGGGAAAGGGUACAAGAUUAGACAAGAGUUUCCCUCCGUGGCGGCGAUUACGAAACAGAUUGACGCCAUGAAGAAGGCAUGCGGGACUUGGGCAGGGGGAAAGGUGGAUCUCGACACGGUAACGUCGUUAGGGGAAGGGCUCGUCCAGUUGUUAACGGGGAAAGGAGAUAUGCCCCUAGUGACGGAGAAAACCACACAUUUCAUGAAGGAAUCCGCUCUAGCGGGAGUUUCGAAAGGGGGUGAAAUCGUGGAGGCUUCCCUGCUCAAUAAGUUGUCCACCCUGGGAACGAAAUCGGUCGUCAGGGUGCUACAGGUCGGCGGGCGAUCCGCCGCGGGAAUGGGCCACCUCAUCAAAUCCAUGGUGGACAGUGGGGUGUCUCACUUUGACUAUACUUUUACCUCAAGACACCCCGCCGUUUUGGCGGAUGGGGAGAAAACCUUUGACGAUACGGGGGUCGCGGUGAAAUUCUCGAUCCUAGAUGUCGACCAGGAUCCCUUACAGCAAGGUUAUCUUCCCGCCCAUUACGACAUCGUGAUCGCCUCCUGGGUCAUGGCGGGUUCGAAAAAGGUGGAGCGAGCGAUAGGAAAUUUGAAGAAGUUGCUCCGACCCGAAGGAUAUUUCGUCAUGACGGAACUAAUCUCUUCCAACAAGGGGCGAACGUCCCCUUCCAAGAUUGUUAGCAUGGUUCUCGGCGGGAUUGAGGAUUCCUGGAAGCACGAAGACUUUGCGCUACGUCCGAAAAACUGCUACUUGUCGCUCGAAGGAUGGAGCCAACUUUUGAAGACGGCCGGAUUCAAAGACCUCUUCCCUCUACGACAAAACAACGAAGGAAACACCAUCCUCUUAGCUAAACUUGGGUCGGACAAGGUCGUCUCCAAAACGCAAAUCGUCCCCAAUGACGACGGCAAGAUCGAUACUUGGAUCCUCUUUGGCGACCCGACCUCCCAACUGGCCACCCAUCUCGCCAAGAACCUAACCCAAAUCAACUUCCGGGUAAUAUCCGUCACCCGGCCGGAAGUCGAGGGGGACAUGGAAGAGAAAAUCAGGGUAAUCCUCCGCACCGCCAUGUCUGACGAGACGAUCAACCUUCACGGAGUAAUUUACGCGUGGGGCAUUGACGACCCCAACGCCACCUCGCAGUCGUCUUGCGAACCCUUCCUCUACAUUGGGAAACACCUGGCCCGCUCCCAACUCCCCCUGCGGGUACUCACCCUCACCCGGGGUAAUAUGAGUAUCGGAUCGGGCGACUAUUUCCAACACCUCCCACACACCUCCCCCCUCAUCGGGAUGGCCCAAGUGCUCGCCAACGAGAAUCAAGACCUUAUCUGCAAGGUCGUCGAUAUGGACCCGAUCCCAACCACGACGCCGCAACAGUGCGCCAUUGAAGCAGCCGCGGAACUCUUUACGAUCGAUGACGAGGUCAUGGUCGCUUACAGGAAGGGGACGAGAUGCACGCCCCGCCUGAAACCGUAUAAGAUCAAAACCGCCCCGCUACCAAUCCCAUCUUGCCCCAGGUACAAAUUGGCCCUGCCGGACUCUCAUUUAAUCUCGGAUUUGAAAUACAUCCCCUGCGAUCAAGAAUCUUACGGGUAUGGCGAGCUCGAAAUGGAGGUGAAAGCGUACUGCCUCAACUUCCUGGACGUCCUCAUGGUCACGAAACCUAUCCCUGAAGUGUUCGACAAAUACAACUACGUCGGGGUAGACAUUGCCGGUAUCGUGACGGCGGUCGGACCCGGAUGUACGAGCAAGGUGGGCGAUCGUGUCGUGGCGGUGCGCAGAUCAGGUGUUUCCAUGCCGUCGCAUCUCAUUUCCCCGCAGAGUUUGACCUGCAGUAUUCCGGAUGAUAUGACUUACGCGGAAGCGGCGACGUAUCCCAUGGGGAUUUUGACCGUGGGAACGUGUCUCGUCGAUGUGGCCAAGGGUGGUCCGGGAGAUAUUGUGCUGAUUCAUACCGCAUCCGGAGGCGUGGGAUUGGUGGGGAUUCAAAUUGCGAAAAGCUUAGGGUGCGAGGUCGUCGUGACGGCGGGAAAUGAGAGGAAGAGGAACUAUCUAAGGAAUCUGGGGCUUAAACAUGUCUACAAUUCUAGAACGACGGAUUAUCAACACGACAUCCGGAAGGCGUUGGGCGGUCGAGGGGUCACCAUUGUGUUGAACUCGUUGACCUCUCCCGGCUUCAAGGAAGCUACGCUCAACCUUUGCGAGAAGGGAGCAAGAUUCAUAGAAAUGAGUAAAAUGAAUAUUUGGACAAAGGAGGAAAUCAAUAAGAUCCGGCCCGACGUUUUCUACGAAGUUGUCGACGUUUCUGCCCUCACGGACGAGAAGGUUAACACGAUUUCGAAAUAUAUCCAUGCCCAAAUCCUCGCUAAACCGGAGGAACGUCCCACCCCUGCGCCGGUCGUGUCGUUUGACGCGUCUGAAAUUAGAGAAGCCUUAGAAUACAUGGAGAAGGUGAAACACAUUGGAAAAAUUGCCUUGAUCAUGCCCGAAUUCAAGUCUCCCGCUGGUGUCGGGACAGACCCAUAUUUCCCCAUCUUUAACGAUCGUUCUACCUAUCUUAUCACCGGAGGAUUGGGCGGGAUCGGGUUAGAAGUCGCGAAAUGGAUGGGUACCAUGGGCGCCACAACGAUUCUUCUGCUCGGUCGAAGCUCGCCGAAACCGGACGCUCUCGAAAAGAUCGAAUCCCUCCGCAUGUCCGGUGUCCGGGUGGAAGUUCGUCUCCUCGAUGUGGGCGAUGAGGACAAAAUGCGGGAACUUUUCACCACCGAGUUCGACGCGAAGGACAAACUCCCCCCGCUUCGAGGAAUUUUCCACGCCGCCGGAGUUUUGGAUGAUGCCACGUACGAAAACCAGACCUGGUCCAGGUUCGAGACCGUGUUCCAAAGUAAGGUGAAAGGUGCCUGGAAUUUGCACAAGCUCAGUCUCGAACUACCCUUCUGUCUCGAACACUUUGUCCUCUUUUCCUCCAUCACUGCCACGAUUGGGGCGUACGGACAGAGUAAUUACGUAGCGGCGAAUCAGUACCUCGACGCCUUGGUGCACUACCGAUACUCGAUCGGUCUUCCCGGCGUGGCGAUCAAUUGGGGACAAUGGGGACAAGUCGGAAUGGCUUCGAACGUCGUGAUUGCCAUGAACAAACCGAUGACGACGCAUCAAGGAAUUGCCGCGCUGGAGUAUGCGAUCAAAUCGCACAAAACUCAACUUGCCGCGCACGAGUCGGAUCUCGGCGCGAUGAAGCAAGCCCUCAUUUCGACGAAGGGUUUGUUAGCCGAUGUCGAACAAGAUGGCGCCGGUCAUGUGAGCGGGGAGCUGGAUGGGGACGAAUUUUGGCGGGAGUAUGACGCCUGUACGGAUCGUGACGAGAAGUACGAUGUCCUUCGUAAAUUCUUGAAGCGGCUUAUCCGAAUCACCCUCCACAUGGAUAAGAAUGAAGAGAUCGAUGACAACGUGAACUUCCAAGAUAUCGGAAUGGACUCGUUGAUGAUGGUCGAGAUGAAGAACGGACUACAAGCCUCCGUCGGAAAAAGGGUCAAGAUAUCCAUCAACGCUGUCAAAGACUGUAAAACUGUCGCCCAAUUGAGCGAUCGUUUGGUCGAGUUGAUCUCCGGCAUUGAAGAACUUCCCGCCCCGACGGAUGACGAAUUAGUCGCCCUCGUCAAGAAGGAUGCCCGCCUUCCAGAGAACAUCCAGGUGGACGACGCCCUCGCCAAGACGGCGGGAUCUUUGCAGACCGCCUCCACCGUGCUGGUUAUCGGUUCAACCGGAACGUUAGGUCCUUACGUCAUGCGGGAACUUGUGAAACGUCCCCACAUCAAGAGGAUCAUUUGCGUGAUGCAACCCAACCCGCUCAUCUCCCCGACGGAACGUUUCCAAAAGGUCUUUGAGAAGAAGGGUCUUCUCUCUUCGAUCCCGAUGGAGCGAAUCACCUGCGUUCCUGGGGACAUUAAAGAGCUUCGAUUCGGCAUGAGCGCUCCCGACUAUGAAAAAUUGACGGCCGAGGUGGACGUCGUGUUCAAUCUCGCCGUUAAAGUCGCGUUCGAUGAAGUCUACCGAGAAACGCAGGAUCCCAAGAGUUCCCGAGUCGUGAACGUGUUCGGGAUGAGAAAUGUUCUCCAAUUCGCGGUGGAUGGGGGCAAGUUGAAAUAUGUGUUCCAUGCUAGUACUUUUGCGGCAGAGACGAUGGUGGAUGACGAGGGUGGAUUCUGGGAAAGCUGGCCGAGUGAAGAUGAAGUCUUGAUGUUCCCGAAUUCGGCGUACUCGAUUUCGAAAUUGAUUUGCGAUCGGUUAGUGGAGCAAGCGGUGGAGCGAGGGGUGCCCUGCAAGGUGUUCAGGUUGCCUCAAAUUGGCGGGGAUUCCGUAACCGGGGGAAAUAUUCAGCUGGACUCGUUCCUCAUGAUGAGAUGUUUGGCGUACAUGUAUAUCGGAUCGAUGCAUGCGCAGUCAAUCCCGCUCAGUUUGAUGGCAGUGGAUCAAUGUGCGAAGUUGUGUGUGGAUCUCUUCUUCCAUGCGGGAACGAGAUAUGAGAUGUAUAACUUGUUGAACCCGCAUUUAGGCGAUGAACGCGAAUUUGAGACGCUCGCCCGUGAAUUUGGCGUCGCCGUCAAAGUCAUGGACUCGUACCAAUUUUUGGACAAGUUCAAAUCCAUGGACUCGAACGACGAAAUGUUGCAACUCGUGAGAUUCGCGACAUCCAAAGAUUCCGAACUGCUGCACCUGAAAGAGCAAGAAAUGCCGUUCUACACAUCGUGGCGAAAUGGAAAUAAGAGGAUCUUCUAUUCGAAAAAGUUGGAAAAACUUAUCCCCGAACAAUACCCGAGUUGCAUAACGCCCUCUUGGGACGUUCUCCGAGGUGAUUUGAGAUUCGCCAAGGACUCCGGUGUCUUCGACCGGUACAAGAUUAAGCACAGCAACCCAUACCUUCUCUCUUAAGUGUUUUAUAAAAAUUUCUGAAAAUUAUGUUUUCUCCGUUUCAAGAAAUUUUUAAAUUUUCCAAAAUAUUAUUUAUUCUUGCUCAGUUUUACAUAAAGAUUUCAUCUGAAUUACGAAAAUGUGACAAAUUAAAUUUAUGUAGGUAUGUAUUUUCUACAAAAUGUAGCCGUGUCAACUUUCACUUUCUCACAACUGUCACGCCAUAACGUGUUCGAAUAGAAAUAUGUUUGCCAUGUGCUUGUUUAAUUCUGAUUUAUAUUUAAUCAUGUGAAAAGGUUGGUUGCCUAAGAUUAAAUUAUUAUGACGGGUUAACCUUGUGCAUGGAUUUGGAUGCGAUGUUCAGAUUGAUAUUGAAUUUUUGUUUUUUGUUCUUGUUUGAGGGGAGAAAGUGGAGAAAGUUGGAUAUUGUGUAAUUAAUAAUUAAUUAGUAAGUAGUUAAAAGUAUACUGAAUAAAAACUGACGUCAAAAAA